CCUCGUUCGCGAUCAGAUCGCGCUUCUCUCCCACUCGAUCGAACAAAACAGCAAAAUAUAAGUAUAACAUACACAAACGAGAAUCGAGAAGAAAAAGAUAGAUAAACGAAUCUGUUUAUCACAAGGGUGUUAGGCACAUGAUACCUGGAUUUUCUAAGCUGGCUCGAGAUUGCUUUUGCUAUCGGAGGUGGUUGAAUUUCGCAGUUUCUUUAUCGCCUGACUGCUUCAACGAUUCAGUUGUUGGGUCAUCCUGUGCUGACAGCAUCUGUUGGAGAACCGAAACGACACACACAACAACCCGACAUAUAUCAGAAACAGAUUUCCACCAACAAAAACUGCUUACGUAAGCCGGACGUUUAUUGCAUCGGCUUAGUAAUCAGUUGUUGUGGAGACGCCCGGUAAUUGCUGGGACGUCUUCAAUGCUGUCUCCAUCAUCAUCGUUCCCACACAACAGCAACAUCAGCAGUCAUUGCAACGGAUUUUACGAUAAGCUCCCCAUCGGAAAUACGGGAAGAUGGGCAACUCCCUUUGCAAGGAACCGCGAGCCGGUAGACCUAUGCGCCCUGGAAGAGUAAUGGACAAUUUCGGGAGCAUCAUGUGUCCCAACGGAUUAGGUAAAAGCAAACAAGGAAUCAACAAGACUUAUCUGAGCCGCCAUGUGUUAGAAACCAGUUCAAAACCGGACCCCGUAAAUAAUUGGAAUAACGAACAAUUAUCGUCGCCAGAUUCGUCUAAAAUCAUCGACAGAGCACCGGUGGCCCCUCCGCGGAAGAAACGAUCCACUCUCGAACGUGGAAAUCCGCCCGAAGUCAAAUUAAAAGUAAGGAAUGGGUUUAAGGAUGUUUUUGGAGCAGAAAGCCGUCGUCAAUCUUAUGACGUCGUCAUCAAAUCAAAACCCAUAGAUACGGUUGAUAAGGGCCUUCCAAUGAAAGCACAGUCUAGCUUCGAAAUCGAUUUGAAGGAUGACGAAUUCAGCGACUUUUCCAAAAUUCCUACCAAGACAGAAAUGGAACCUUCUUCCAAAAUGGAAGCGGCACUAAAUAAUGGAACCACUAAAGUGUCCCACGUGGGCAACCGAAAAUCCGAUCGGUUCUUCGGAGAAAACCUGUCCGAUGCACUGUCCAAUGAACCAGUAGUUACUGAAAGAAGAAAAAGUGCCAAAAAAGGGAUUGCUGAUCUGGAUAAAAUCGAUAAAUUCAUCGAGCAAAAUGUCCUGACUAUGAACGCCAAACCUGACCCGAAAGACGUACCAGACACUAUAGUGACUGUACCCGUGGUCAAGUCAGAAAAAGAGAAAAAAAUGGAGGAUUCAAAAAUUGAGACAUCAAAAGAUGUUUCCGCAUCCGAGAGUAAUGAUGAUAAAAAUUUGAUCAAAUACAUUGAUGAAUCUAUGGUAAAGGAAACAAGUCUCGGAAAGAAAGCGGAAUUUUUAAUGGCUAUGUUGGAAGACUAUCCCGAAGACCGGUACAUAGGAAUGGCUCCCGUAGAAGAACCCGUCAUCAUACCCAGAAAGCGUAAAUCACGCCAUAUUUGUGACGAUGACGAACACAUGCAUAACAUGCACCAUAAGCACGACAACGAAACGAAGUCAUCCAAGAAUCUUAUAACAACCGAAGCAUCAAUCGAAACUCCUCCACGUAAGCCAGAUCGAGACUUCAGUAAGUAUGUAGCACCCAUGGCCGACGGCGAAGAUACCGAUGACUCUGCAUCAUCCGGACCAAUUCGUAUGCGUCCAGCCCAGCCUUCCCCACCAUCGCCUCGUGUGGUUCACAAAAUACCGAGGAUCGAAUCAGAAACAGAAUUUCAACAAAACGUGUCGAACACAGUUACCAGUACUCCAAAGAAGCUCGAUGCUCCGGUAGAACCAGACAAAGCCCACUCACCAAGAACACUGAAACGAAUUUUAUCGGUUCCGUCUACCAUCCACGUGGUACAAUCGGAAAAUAAGAGCCCAAGCCCGAAGCAUAGCGGCUUUGUAAAGAGCAACAGUUCCAGUUCAUUCCUUAAUAUGGAUUUACAACAGGCGCAUCAGAAAGUUGUUCCCUUCACGCCUGAAGAAUCUGGCCAUCAUGCGGCAGAGGAACUCGUAAAACCGAAAUCGCGUCUAGUCGCCAGAAAAAUAUCUACAAAAUCAAAUGAUAAUUCCCCAUGCAGUGCAACCUCCACAUUAGAAGUUCCCACACCAAAGUUCACCAUCGGCAGCAUUGAGUGUUUGUCCAAACCUCAAGACGAACCACCACCACCUCCUGUGCCCAAACGAAUGAAGCCUCCAUCCGGAGAUAUUAAACGAUCACCUCCACGAGACCUGCUGGGCUACGAUCUGGGCGGUUUCCUGGUAUCCUCCAAGGUUCUUCCACACCACGACGUUACCCAAGUAAUCAAUAGCGUUUACAACGACAAAAACAACGGUGGUAGCAUUCUAGAGGAGUUCCAGGUGUACUUGGAGGACCAAAUCAACUCAGAACUGAAUAAUCCAAACCCGACGAACCCCAAUACUGUGAAGCUUCUGGAAGUUUUAGGCAGACAAUCUAAUCCAGGAGAUAAACUGGAAGACAUCAGCAUCGAACUAGUAGAAUCGGAGAACUCGAACAAAUCUUCGGAUAUUGACGACUGCUUCGAUCCAGAGUUUGAAAAAAUCGAGAAAACCGAAGUCGAAGAGGCAGUCAACUUCCACGGGAGCGUUGAUGACGUGGACAACUGGUUCGAGAACAAUUCCGAUGCCGGAUCUGUAAUCGAAGGGUCGGACAAGCUGGGCACCAUGGUCACAGUGAAGGGCGGUGCACCUCGAAUGGGUCGCCGCGAGAGCAUCGAAGACGUUGACAAUUGGUUCCAACAUCAUAACCAGGCCAGUCACCACGACGAUCAGAUAAUCGGGGUUCGCAGACAGCGUAGAGGUUCGGACGGGCUACUGGGGUACGAUACGACCCGGCAGUAUCCCUUUGGUUCUGGGAGAAAGCGUCACGACUCGCAAUCGGCCGAAUUGUUCGAGGAUAUUACUAAGCUCCAUGAAUUGGGCAGCGCAGAAGACGUGAAAGCAAAAACGCCGCUCUCGGUGGUGAAAAAUGACCGAUUGCGCGAUCGACGAGGAUCCGAUGGUUUGAUUUUUUAUGACACCAGCCGAAAGUUUCCAUUUGGGGAACCGAACGAAAAUUUACCAAAGGCGAUUGAAAAGAGUCAGAAGAUCGAACAGAAAAGUGUCACCAACAAAAAAGGGAACGAUUCGACGUUGAGCAUAGCGAAUGUGGAGAAGCAUACGGCGAAAGAGAACACGUUAGCUGGUGGAUCGUCGGAUCAUUCAACGUUAUUGAAAUUUUUGUCGAAUGAAAAAUUGAUAGAAUAGCGUGCAGUUCUUUGUUUGCUUCUUAACACUUAGCUUGUAACGAAUUUAAGGUAACGUCAUUAUGUUUUAAAUAACUUCUAUUUUUAAGCCUAUUUUACCAUUGGUAUAAUUUUAAAUUGGCGUCCCUAAAUACGUUACAAGUGAAUGAAGUGUUACAUUUCCAUUUAAGUCAGUAUUAUCUAAACACAAUUAAGACUAAAGUAUGUAGUAAGCCGAUAUAUUUUAGCACAUGAUUGUAAGACACAAAUUGGUUUACCCAUCAGGAGUGCAUUAUUAUAAUAUACAGAUUUGUUAUGUGCAAUA